GUUAGUCAUGAAAAAAUACUCCACAAAAUUAAUAUUAAUAAUGGAAUAAGGAUAAAGAUUGGAAUAUCAAAGAAAAAAAUAAAAGAACAUUUAGGUAAGUUACAGAAUUGAAGCCAGUUCUGCAGGUGAAGUUUCCUGUGAUACACUCAAGGUAGAUGUUGCCACAGUGAGCUCCUUAGAGAGCUUGUGGGGAAAAGGAAGAAAGAAAGAGGUUGCAGAUGGUUAAAGAAGGGCUGUUUUCUGUUAUCUAAAUUGCAAAACAUUAAGGAGAGGUUAAUCCUCCAUUCUUCUGCAUAUAUAACACACAAUGAAAUCAUGAAAAGAUUAUCGGCAGCACUGUUGAAUUUACACUGUUGCUCGAAUGGUUCCUAAUUCCUUUUGAAGGGCACACAUUUUGGUUAUCAAGUGCCUUUCAUCCUCGGGCAGCUCCAGGUGUGUCACUGACAGUUCAGUAUAAUGACACCAGCAGACUGCUUUUGCAAGAAGAGUUUGUCAUUCAGUCCUGAGCAGGAGAACAAUUCCCCAAAUCCCCGUCUAGCCACACUGCCUACCAACAUAUUGUGUGAGUUACAGUGGAAAAUGCAGAUAUUGUUCUUUUCUUUUGUGCCUUUGCACAUGAAUGGAGACGAAGAGGAAUUUGCUCACACCACACUUGCCAAGGGAACCAUAGACAGGCAGGGGGAAGUAAACUGCACCUUUAUUAUGUUUUCUCUGGACCAAGAGAGGAGAAUGGAAUGGUAUUGUGACUGAGACACAUUUCUUUGCCAGCAUGUCUCCUGGGAUGGUACAAUGGCAUAUCGUCCCACAUGCAGCAUUCAGCCUGCAGACAGGGAAGCUAGCCUUCAACAGGGAUGGUCAUUAAAGAAGACAAUCACAGAAUCAAUCACAGAAUGGUGUGGUUGGAAAGGACCUUUAAAGACCAUCUAGUUCCAACCCCUCUGCUCCCCUUGAGAGAUAUAAGAAGAGUGAUUACCAGUGAAAACUACUCAUCUAGGAAGAAAGAUAUUCCCAAACUGACAGAGUGAAAGAUUAAAAAAACAAAAAAACAAAAAAACAAAAAAAAACAAAACCCAGCAACACAAGGCUGAUGCUUGCAAGACAGGGAAUGAGAAAAGAAUUUCCCAAACAUUCCCAAAGCAAGAAAACAAAAACUUCUAUAAAGAGGAAAAGUUUUUCCGCAUAACAUAUUAGUGAAAAAUUUACAGUUUGCUGAUGCAGAAUCAGAAGAAACAUAACCUCAAGACCAGAGGUAAUUUAAUCAGGGAAAAAAUAAGAUCUGUGCACCAAUAUCAAAUGAAUAGUCCAAUAAAAGGAGGGCAGGAAGAAAAGGUAGAGCAAAUAAAGGAAAGAAAAAGAGGCAAUAUCUGAAAAACACGUUAAUAUGAAGUAGAGUACCUUACAAAUAUGUUUAAAAAGAAAAAAAAAAGGGGGAGAGGGGAAGGGGAAGAAGUGGUAUUUUGGAAAUGACAAAGGGAGGUAGGACGAUACAUGACAGGCCUCUGGAAGACACAGCUAAGUGCUUGGAGACUCCAGGAAACAGCUGUACGCAGGAGAAGACGAAUGGGAAGGUGCUGCUAGGAAGAGUGCUGUGGUGGCACAAGGACUGCGGUGACAUCACUGAGCAACAGGCUGUGAUGCCACCGAGCUUUGGGCGCUGGCAGGGCCUGGCCCAUUCACUCUCGUGCCUGGACUCCUGCCGAGCGAGUGCGUGCGGCUUGGAGGUGGAGUGAGGAUUUUAAUUGUGUGUUGGGCUGUGCUUUGGGGACUGCUGGCAGCUGCUCUCAGUGCCCAUACGUACAGCCACCACCUGUAAUCCCCUGGCCUGCCUGGCUCAGGCAGCUGGGGCCCCACGGGGUGCACGUGCAGCAGCACAGUGCACAAAUUUCACUGCUGAGGCGCUGGUGAGGGAGAGCGGCUCAUCUUCACUCCCCAUCAGGCCACGGCGUGAAGACCAUGGCAGCAGAGGAGGCGUGGACAUGUCCCAUCUGCCGUGAGGUGCGAAAGGACAUUGCCUACGCAGUGCCGUGCCGUCACGAGUUCUGCCUCGGCUGCAUCCUGCGGUGGGCCAAGCAGAAAGAGACCUGCCCGCUCUGCAGGAGGAUAAUGACAGUGGUCAAGGUUGCUGAGUGGGAUGAUGACAACGACCUGGAUUUCAUCAUCCGUCCCCCAGCACCACCUGUUCCUGCCUGCUUCCAGGCAGGCAUCGCCCACAUCUACAGCCCCCAGCACGAUGCGACAUCCCCUCCACCCUUUCUGCUGCUGCCAGAGGAACAGGAGGAUGAGGAGGCAGAGGAGAGGCCAAUGGUGGGCGGUCUCCUGACGGAGGUCUGGGCAGCCCUGUUCAGGCAGCACCAGGAGAUGCUCGACCCUGUGCUGCCAUGGCUGCGCCAGGAGCUGCAAAACAUCUUUGGAGCGCAGUGGUGGGAGGCAAUGGCGGUGCAGAACCUCAUCCUGAACGCCCUGUGUCACAUCGGGCUGGACCGCGAGGCCCUGAUCCAGCUGCUGCGGCCUGCCCUGGGGGACAGAGCGGAGACGCUCAUCCAGGGCCUUGUGGACGCCCUCGUGAGCCAGUGGGGCGAGGAGGCACACGGGCAGCGCGGCCUCCAGGGCAUCCAUGUGUCCAGAGGACAGGAAGAGGGCCCUGCAGCCAGGGGGCAGGACAGUUCUAUGGCUGCCCCUGGUCCUAUAGCAUCCUCACGAGGGGCUGUUACAUCAAUGCUGAGAUCCAACAGCAACACUGAAAGUGCCAACAGAGAGGAGCAGCCCAGCACACCAGAGGCUGUCAUCCGUGGGGAUCUCAGUCACACCCCUGCUGCACACAUCCCCAGGGAACUCGAGGAGCUCCAUGAAGAGACGGAGCAGGCGGCAGCAUCAGGCCCUUCUGCCCAGGGCAGCAGCCCCUCCACUCCUGGCCAUUUGCCUGCGAGGGCCCGGCGGCCCCGUAAGAGGAGGGCUGGCAGUGACCUGGAUCCACAGCUGCUCUGCAAGAAACCUCCCCCUCGCAAGCACUAGCAGGGAUUGCACUUCUCUUUAAUUAAUAUUUAUUAAAAAGAGAAGAAAAAAACUAAUGUCAUUGAAUAUAUUGCAAUGUAUUUUACAAUACUGAUAUCGAUGUAUCUGAAUAUGUUCUUAGGUACUAAAUGAAGAAAAUAAUCUCUUGAAUUGAGCUCAGAAUUUUAAAACACACAGUACGUAUUACUGAUUGUAAUUAUUGAUCCUUUGAAGU